AUGCCUUUGUGCGUGAAUUUUGAUAAAAAUAUAUACACUCACUCUCAGACUUUGAGACUAAGAAUUCAAACACUAACAGUAGGUGUCGCUGGCCUUGGUGGUCUAGGCCAUGUGGCUGUGAAAUUUGCCAAGGCUAUGGGGGUUAAGAUUACUGUGAUCAGUACCUCCCCUGGAAAGGAGGAGGAAGCUAUUAAACAUCUUCAUGCUGACUCGUUUUUGGUCAGUCGUGAUGAAGAUCAGAUGCAGGCUGCCAUGGGCACGAUGGAUGGUAUUAUUGAUACAGUCUCUGCAAACCAUCCUCUCUUACCUUACAUUGAUUUGUUAAAGUCUCAUGGAAAGCUUGUUAUGGUUGGUGCACCGGAGAAGCGUCCCGAGCUUCCGGUUUUUCCUCUGCUGAUGGGAAGGAAGAUAGUAGCUGGUAGUUGCGUUGGUGGUAUGAAGGAGACACAAGAGAUGAUUGAUUUUGCGGCCAAGCACAACGUUACAGCUGAUAUUGAAGUUAUCCCUAUUGAUUAUGUGAAUACUGCAAUAGAGCGUCUUGCUAAAACAGACGUUAGAUAUCGCUUUGUCAUUGACAUUGGAAACACAUUGAAGCCUAGCUCUUAAUUUGCUUGUUUCAGUUUUAAAUUUUUCGUAUGAGGUUUUGGUUUGUGCUAUGUACAAUCUUGCAGUUUAAGCGAGGGCAUAAUAAACCAGUGGUCUCACAAAUUUAAGCCAGGGCAUGAUUUCUCUCAAUCAUCCUGUUUUUUUAAUGUUGCUUGACAACUUUUUUGUUUCAUUUUUUAAUCUUCCCAGACAACUUUUGUUUUUUGCUUUUGUGUUUUUUUAUUUUCUAGCUAUUCUUCUUCAUCAGUCGCCCCUCUACUCUUUAUUUCUUUACUUUAUUAUUUUAGUGUUCUAGACAAACAAAUAAAAACAAGGUUUUCGGGCUUACAAAUACAAGGCUCUUUAUUUAUUUGACCAUGAAACUUGCAUGUGUUAAAUAGUAGAAUUCUAUAUUGAUGGUUUUAUAAGCCCUAUCUUUUUAGUCGUUGAAUCAUAUAAGUAAAGUUAGUAUGACGCAAUGAUUAAGAGAUAAAGCCAAAUCUAAAACUAUUUGUAAGUCCCAAUAAAUAUAUUCAUAAAUAAAAUAAGAUA